AGCAUCGACAAGCUUCAAUGGUUUUAUUUUUAAGAUAACCAAAUAGUUUUCAUAUUCUCUCCUAAUUCUUUCUGUUCAAGAAUAAUUCUCGCGAGCCCUUUGAGAGUUUUUCUUGUAUUGAUCGAUGGCUUUUACGUCGUAUACUUACCAGGUGUUCUUGAGUUUUAGAGGCGAAGACACCCGCAAGAAUUUCACCGAUCACCUUUACUCGACGUUGUCCAAGGCAGGGAUUGUCACGUUCAGAGACGAUAAUAGCAUCCAGAGAGGAGAAAACAUCGAGUUAGAAAUAGAGAAGGCAAUCCAAGAAUCGCAAAUGUCAGUUGUUGUGCUCUCUAAAGAUUAUGCUUCUUCGACAUGGUGCCUAGACGAACUUGUGAUGAUCAUGGAUCGUAAGAGGACUGCUGGACAUAUUGUUCUACCUGUUUUCUACGAUGUGGAUCCAUCUCAAGUUGGGGAGCAGACAGGGAAUUAUGCUGAAGCCUUUGCUAAACACCAAGAUCAUUUCCAGGAUGACAUGGAGAGGGUAGAGAAAUGGAAGGCAACACUCAAAGAAGUUGCAUACCUGGGAGGGAUGGUUCUACAGGAUAGGCACGAGUCACAAUUCAUUGGAGACAUAGUUGAAGAGGUAGGAAAGAGACUGGACUCCACUGUACUGCUUGCUCCUUAUAUUGCCUGGCAUAGAUACCGGAUGCUCGUGAAGAAGGCGAAGAUGAUUGUAUACAUACUCUAUAUCAUAUUUAUUUGGAUUUUUGUUGGUUUGUUUCUCUACAAAUUUAUCUGCACUUGGAUAUUCCUACAAUCAGAGUUUGACCGCCAUCUCAAAGGCGACCAAUAUGAUCGAGUAAGUUGGAAAAUAGGAAAUGGACCCGAUAGAGCUGGGACCGAGCAAGAUUUUGUUAGGGAAUUACUCCGCAGCACUGGGACCAAGAAAAAUAUUGAUAUGGGAAUCAAAAUCAUGUGUUCGUUGGUGCUAGCAUUCUGUCUGUCAUAAUAUUUGAUACAAUCUUUCAAGAUUAUGAUUAAUGUCAGAACUUCUCUAGAUCUCUCGAGAUUACGAUUUAUGUAGCAAAUUAAAAUCUGUUGAUUGUUUUUCCUAUAGACAUGUAUAAAUGAACAAUACUGUUCUUGCACAUUUCAAGAUGUAGCCCUUCAUGAUUUAUGUUCUUCGAUGAA